AUGGAUUACUACAGAAAAUAUGCAGUUGUCAUUUUGGCCACAUUGUCUGUGUUUCUGCAUAUUCUCCACUCCUUUCCUGAUGGAGAGUUUUUAAUGCACGGUUGCCCAGAAUGUAAGCUGAAGGAAAACAGAUACUUCUCCAAGUUAGGUGCCCCAAUUUAUCAGUGCAUGGGCUGCUGCUUCUCCAGAGCAUAUCCCACUCCAGCAAGGUCUAAGAAAACAAUGUUGGUUCCAAAGAAUAUCACCUCAGAGGCCACAUGCUGUGUGGCCAAAGCAUUUUCCAAGGCCACAGUAAUGGGAAAUGCCAAAGUGGAGAACCACACAGAAUGCCACUGCAGUACUUGUUAUUAUCACAAAUCUUAA